UUUCAAACCUCGGCCACAGGGAACUAGCGCCACCGGAUUGGGCGACGCGAUUUAAAAAAACGGAUAGAGAUCGAAAAAAAAAAUCACGUCAAAGGUCGCGUCGUCGCUCAUUUGGCGCUGAAAAAAAAAGAGACAAGUGCGUCCUCGCUUGGUUUCUUUGAAAAACGACGCCGGGGUUCACAGGUGCGCGGUGUAAUCCUGCUCCAACUGACCUAUUCGACGCCGAUUUUUGCACUGCGGGGAAAACAUGCCGAGGUCCAACAGGCAGCGGGAGUACAAACCUGGAGACCUGGUGUUCGCCAAAAUGAAGGGCUACCCGCACUGGCCCGCCAGGAUUGACGAGUUCCCAGAACGAGCUGUGAAGUCGCCCUCCAACAAGUACCAGGUGUUCUUUUUCGGGACGCAUGAGACCGCGUCCCUCGGAGCCAAGGACUUGUUCCCGUACGAUGAGUGCAAAGAGAAGUUCGGGAAGGCCAACAAGAGGAAAGGCUUCGCCGAGGGCCUCUGGGAGAUUGAGAACAACCCUACCGUCACGCACGAAGGCUACAAGAAGGACGACGCGUCCGAAGAAACCGCCGGUUCGGAGAAAGCCGACGCGGAGGGCAGCAGCGACGAGGACGAGGGCGCCCUGGUCAUUGACGAGAAGAACGACAGAGGGGGAAGUAAACGCAAGGCGGACGAGUCGGCGGAGGUGUCGCCCAAGAGGCCGAAAGACGCCGAGGCUGAGGGUGCCCCCGACGUAGACAACGCCAAGACGGAGGGCAAGGUCAACGACGUGGCCACGCCUAAAACGGCCGAUAAGGACGACGCCGCGCCACCGGGGAAGCAAACGGCGGAAAAGGCUGUAACAGAGAGCGCUUAACGUCAACCCAUCAAAACAAGAACCCUUCAAUGCUUCUCAACUGCAACAGAAGCGCGGACACCGUGACAUGCAGAAAGCCAGAUUUCACAAGUUCAAUUCAUAUUUUCAGCGACGACGAUGACAUAAAAAAAAAAAGUUUGUAUUGGGAGAGAAACAAUUGUUCAUUUGUCAAAUUGGGAUAUCAUAUAUCCCAAUAGUAAUAAUGCCGAUCAGAUAUCAAUACCAAUUUAAGCUGUUUAGGGCUCGUUUAUGAAUGGGGAUUUUGGUGUGUACAUAUUUUUUAUUUCCAAGUGCAAUUAAAUAAUUACACGGCGUGAAUGCCAGGUGUCAAACAUAAAAUAGAUGACAAACAAAAAGGGGAACUCAAGAUUUGAAAAUACUCUUCUUUAGAGGUCUCCAAUUCUGGAUAUUGUAAUAUUGUAUAUGGUAAGAGGAGGAAAAAAAAAACAUUUUCACUCACGCUUUCAGCUUUAAAUUUAAGUGUUUUACUGGCGAUUGUUUUGCAUUAGCUGCUUGGCGUCCGACAUGAAAUUGUGGAUUCUUGAGUUUCGAUCCCGUUUACGUAACCAGGGUUUCCCGAAGUAUAUAUCACGUAUUGCCAUCACGUCGACAUUCAGCUGUAUAUAAACACACGAAAUAAUGUGCAUUUACUACAAAAUGUCUAUUUAAAAAGAAAGACAUACUUCAAAUCCAUCAUGAAUACUCUUGACAAUAGGCGUCUACCUGUGUUUUGUUUUUUGGGAACCCUGCUGUUCAACAUAGUCUUGUUCAGUGUACGGUGGUAUUUGAUUGCUUACUUUUGAUGGUGGUGGUGUGCUCAUUAAGGGUGCCCACGUGUGAUUAAUAUAACAUCUGAUUGUGCGUUGAAUAUAUUAUACAAAUGUAUACUUGGACCCCGUCUGAGAGCGACAAUUUUAGCGUUUAAUCAUGUUACUUCAGAGGAUUGUGUGUCGCGGUCAUAGUCGGAAGCAGAAAGACAUUCCCGCAUGCUCGGUCAUGUUAGCGUAUAGCCCAGCUAAAACAUUUCAAACUUUUGACACAUCAAGUUCAUCUUACUUCCAUUCAAUAUCAUGAUUCUGAAAAAAAAUAUCAAUGUCAUUAUAACAUUGACUGUGUUGUAUUUAACGACCGUAAGUUUGGUCAGCUUUCACAUGUACCGUAUUUCCUCAAAUACCGAACCCGUUGACAAAAGUAAACACUCAAACUGACCAGUGAAGGGGGGCAAUCCAUUCAUUUUCUGUGCCGCUUAUCCUCACAAGGAGCGCGGGACCCUAUCCCAGCUAACAUCAGGUAGGAGGCGGGGUACACCCUGAACUGGUUGCCAGCCAAUCGCAAGGCACAUAGAGAGGCAUAACAGUCUGACUCACAAUCACAAUUAAUGCACGUGUUUGGGAUGUGGGAGGAAACCCACGCCGGCACGGGGAGAACACGCAAACUCCAAAAAGGCAACACCGGGGAUUGAACCCCGGUCCUCAGAGCUCUGAGGCCAACACUUUUAACCAGUUGCACCACCGUGCCGGCCACCAUAAACUAGUUGCAAAUUGUAAUUGGAUUUAGUUCAUCGUAUUCACCUGACCCAGAACAAGAGUGUAGUCUUGGGAAAAUAAUUUAAACGUUUGCAAUUUGAGGGUCCCAUGUGGUUUUUCCAACUUGUUUCCAGCCAUGUUCAAGUCCUACUGCUUGUUUGUCCAGCUUGCCUAAUUAUUUAGCUUUUGAGUCCACAUUCACUCACCAUAAAUUGUAAUAUAUUCCAUAAAUAUACCUCUACCAUCUACAGUUAAAGAACUAAAAAAAAUAAAUAAAUUACUCACCUUGGGAACUGUUUGCAGAAAUACGGUGUAUGAGCAUACAAGUGUUUUGUUUUUGAUAGUGAAGCAUAUGUUUAAAAUAUAUAUAUAUAUAUUUGAUCUCUCUAAAGUUGCUUAACUGGAAUCUUAAGUCUCUCCCUCCACCCCCACUGUACUUUUGUACAAGUCUUAUGUUGAACAACAGUGUGAUGUUUUAAACAGUGUUUUAUUGGUUUGAUCAAUGUGUGACAGCGUUGUUUUUGUUUUUAUUUUAUCCCCCCCCCCCCACAAGUAUCUCCCACAAUGUGCAACCGCUGGGAGCCGGCGACGUAAAAGGACAAAAAAAUUGUAACCGUGUAUAUAAUGUGGUCGAUAGGUGACCUCGACAUCAUGCAUCAACGUUCAACACUCUGCAGUCCAAAGUAAAAAGCAAAUUGAUUUGUUCUCUGGGUGUAAUUGUUGCUUUCAUUUUCCUCCCCCCCUCCCUGUUACUUUUGAAUAUGCUGCGCUUAGUUUUAAUAUUGUAGCUGCUGGUCCAUUUAUUAAACGUUUACUACAAA